AUGGGCAAAAAUCAAAAUACUAGUUCCGAAGAUGGUGGCAUGUUUAAUAUCUCAAAAAGAGAAAGCAAAAAAUAUUUAAUGGCGGAUACUUCUUUGCAGUCUAUUGAGCUGAAUGAUGAUGAUGAGAACAAUGGUGGGUUAUAUCAUAGCAUCACUAAUCAGGGAAAUGAUUCCACGAUGAUUCCAACAAGCUCAGUCGACGAUGGAGUAACCUAUGAAGCCAUCAUGGCAAAAUACACCGUAUCACAAAAGGCCUCAGAGAACAUGGAUAAGGACGCUAUGGCUUCCCAAAAAGACCUUGAUGAAAUUCAUACAAUGGUUUAUUGCAAACCACUGAAAUUCAACUGGUUCUUAUUCUUCCUUUAUUAUUUAUUGGCAGUUUGCUCCUUUGGAUUGUUGUUACUUCUUUCAAGAUGGUUUGUGUGGCUAAGAGAUCGGAUGACUCAUUUGGAAUGUUCAAAUGCUGAAGCUGACAUUGUUUUUAUCAAAAGCAGUACUGGAGCAUUGACAACCUGUAAAGUCAAAAAGCAUGAUUUGAGUGCACAUUCAAGUGGUUCGCACGAAACAAGUAUAAGAAUAUUCACAUACCGUUAUGUGAAAUAUAUUUAUGACGUCAGUGAAGAUAAAUUCAAAAGGCUGCAAUUUAACACAUCUCUCCCUUACACCACUAUCCACAACGAAAUGUCUUCUGGAUUGACUCCACCAACAAGAAAACUAAGAAGAAUUCUUUUUGGAAAGAACUUGAUUGAUAUUCCAGUUAAAAAUAUUGUUUCGUUGCUAUUGGAUGAAGUGUUACACCCUUUUUACAUUUUCCAAAUUAUUUCUGUUAUUAUUUGGCUAGCUGAUGAAUAUUGGUCAUAUUCUUGCUGUAUUAUUGUUUCUGCUGUUUGUUCAAUUAUUUUCAGUUUGAUUGAGACCAGAAGAAAUUUACUUAAACUAAGAAAUAUGGCUCAUUAUACUUGUGAACUAGAAAGAGUCAACAAGAAUGGAAGUACUGAAAAGGUUUCUUCUGAAGAGCUUGUUCCAGGUGAUGUCAUUGUGUUGAGUGAUGGCAUUCUCUUGCCCUGUGAUGUCUUAUUAUUGUCAGGACAAUGUAUUUUGAAUGAAGCAAUGUUGACAGGAGAGAGUAUUCCAGUCGUAAAAACCCCAUUACCCAACGAAGGAAGUACAAAUUAUUCAGUGGAUGCAGAUAAAUCCAACACUCUCUAUUCUGGUACUCUUAUUGUACAGACCCGUAAAUUGGGAGAUGCAAAGGUUUUGGGAAUUGUUUGCAGAACAGGAUUCGACACAGCAAAGGGUAAAUUAGUGUUGUCUAUUCUCUUUCCUAAACCAUCCUCAUUCAAAUUCUACAGAGAUUCACUCAAUUUUAUCGGAGUAAUGUUCAUGAUUGGAAUGAUUGGUAUUCUGUAUUCCAUUAUUAAGCUUGCUCUGUCUGGCGUUCCAUGGGACAAUAUUGUGCUAAGAGCUUUGGAUGUGAUCACCAUCACUGUUCCUCCUGCAUUGCCAGUGGCCAUGACCACUGGAAUGUCUUUUGCGGUUGCCAGGCUUAAAAAAUCAAAGAUCUUUUGCAUAUCUCCACAAAGAGUUAACGUGGCAGGUAUGAUCAAAUUGAUGUGUUUUGACAAGACAGGAACUAUCACUACCGAGGGUCUUGAUCUUUAUGGUGUUCGGCCAGUUGAGGGCAAUGAAUUUUCAGAAUUAAUUACAGAAGAGUGUGUGGCAAAUGAUUUUUCUGAUUUUAACAACCUCUCUGAAAAGAAAAAGCUGAUGCUUUACUCGAUGGCAUCAUGCCACUCAUUAACGUAUGUGAACUUUGAAUUAGUUGGAGAUCCUUUAGAAGUGAAAAUCUUUGAGGCCACCAAGUGGAAACUUAAGGAACCUAAAGCCUCUGAUUACAUGUUUGAGUCAGUAAUUCCAACAGUGGUACAUCCGCCUCAUCAUAACCACCACAAACAUGAACUUUCAGAGAUCGAAGCCCAAGAAAUCGACAUCACCAAACUUCCUUUUGAACUUGGUAUUUUGAAGAAGUUUGAAUUCAAAUCUUCUCUUCAAAGAAUGUCAGUCAUUGUUAAAAAUUUACAAGACAACAAGACAUAUGGCUUUGUGAAAGGCUCUCCAGAAAUGAUGCAAAAAUUGUGCAUUCCUGAAACAUUACCAGCUAACUACUCCAAAGUACUUUAUGAGUAUGCACACAAGGGUUAUCGUGUAAUUAGUGUAGGAUACCGAGAGCUUUCACAGACGUGGAAAGCUCUCCAAAAAGCGUCCAGAGAAGAGAUUGAAUGUGACUUGACAUUUGUUGGAUUUAUUUGCAUGCAAAAUAAGCUGAAGCCAGAUUCAAAGAAAGUUAUCCAUUCAUUGUCUAAUGCUGGUAUCAAAAGCGUAAUGGUUACUGGUGAUAAUGCAUUUACAGCUAUUAGCGUUUCCAGACAAUGUGGAAUCGCCCGUCCUGUUGGAAAAGUUUUCUUGGGAGAGCUCAAAGAAACAGAUUAUGGGUCCUCUAAUCAACAAUAUAUUGAUUGGAAAGAUGUUGAUGGUGAUGAUAGAUUGGAUCCAGAAACCUUGCUGCCAGAAAAUCCAAACAUUGGAUUCGAUUAUGAUUUAGCGAUCACAGGCAGCGUAUUUGAAAGACUAGUUAAGGAACAUACUUUCAAACUGGAAAUGACGGGAAGUACAAAAUACGUGAACGUUGAAAAGCCUUCCGUAUUCCAUAGAAUGUUGUUAAUGUGUAAAAUUUUUGCCAGAUUCACACCAGAUCAGAAGAUGAGACUUGUUGAAGAAUUCCAAAAGUUAGAAUAUUUUGUUGGAAUGUGUGGUGAUGGAGCAAAUGAUGCAGGAGCCCUAAAAGCCGCUCAUGUUGGUGUCUCAUUGAGUGAGGCUGAAGCUUCUAUUGCAGCUCCAUUUACUAGUUUAAAACCGACUAUUGCAUGUGUACCACAGGUUAUUAAGGAAGGAAAAGCUGCGUUGGCCACCAGUUUCCAAAUGUUCAAAUUCAUGAUGUGUUACAGUUUGAUUCAAUUCUUUACUGUUGUUUUACUCUAUGACAUUAACAGUAAUCUUGGAGAUAACCAAUUUUUAUGGGUUGACGGCUUGGUCAUUUUCACCAUGGCAUUACUUAUGGGAAGAACAGGUGCCAACAAGAACUUGGUGAAAAACAAACCCUCCGCAUCUCUUGUCUCUCGAGAAGUGUUUGUUUCAAUGGGGUUCCAAUUUUUCCUUUCUGUCAUUUUCCAAUUAGUCAUGCUCGACAAUUUGAAGAAACAAGGAUUCUUCACACCACUUGACCCUCAUCCUGAAACUAAGAAGAACAUUCGAUGUUUCGAAACCACAGUCAUGUUUUUGAUGUCUACAUUCCAAACUUAUAACACAGGUCUGGCGUACAGUAUUUCAAAACCAUUCAAAAAAUCCGUCUACACAAACAAACUCUAUUUCUUCCUACUCAUUAUCCUAUUCAUUGUUUGUUCCUACACCAUUCUAUUCCCUGACGUUAAUUUGAGUUGGUUCUUAUAUUUGAAGAGCAUGCCAUUCUAUUAUCGAGUUACAAUAUUUGGUUGUGUGCUUUUCCAUAUGUUAUUGAGCUACUUAUUUGAGAGAUUUUUCAUUCUAGGUCCUGGAGUGAAAUGGCUACGAAUGAUUACAGUUCGACCUAUUAUUACGUUUGUUAAUCGUCUUAGAGGUAAAACCAAACCAAUCUCCAAGAAAAAGAGACUCUACGGCAAGUUAAAAGAGACCAUACGAUCACCAAUAAUGAUGACAUCCAACGCAACCCAACACAUGGAACAUGAAGCUAUCAAGAAAUCUUCCAGCUCGACUUUCCAAGAUUCUCCAAACGUAGAAUUGGUAUAA